AUGCCUGCACUCUCAUACGAUGGCAUGGCGGACUUUUGGGUGCGAAACUACGAGGAUUUCGAGAAAGCCUACGAAGAUCCUUUCUACUUGGAUGUCGUGAAGAAAGAUGAGGAAUACCUGUUUGACCUAGAGAGUUUGCGUGUUACUGCAGGUGUAGAGUACUGUGUUAUCGAGGAUGGGAAAGUGGUUUAG